GUAGACGUUUGGCUCCUGCGGCUAAACGUCUACAGGAGGUUUGACGUGGCCCAAACUGAAGCAAAUCAAAGCCCGUGUCGUCCCCCACCUGUCCGUGGGAGGGUGUCCCGUCUGUCUCAGGAUAGAGUCCGGCAGGUCCCUCGGGUUCCUGCCGCUGAUCCCUCUCAGCUGACGUCAGGAGAAAUGGCGGACCAGGAUGGCAGCGACGCAUCUCCUCCCGAGUCCCAAGCAUCAUACUGCCAGUAUAAAUCAGAGGAUGGCAGAGCGUCUUCAGCCACUCGCCCGAGCUCCUCGGGCUCUGGACAGACCUACACUCCCACAGUGACUCCUAGCCCCACUCCAACGCCUAGUCGCACCACCACCAGCAACAGCCCCAGUAACAAUGCUGCCACCAAAACGGACUCGUUGCUCUUCAACAGGAUUGACGAGAGACAGAGGUUGGCCCGUGAGCGUCGGGAGGAGCGUGAGAAACAGAAUGCUGUCAAGGAGGCCCAGUGGCAGGCGCGUGAGGAGCGAGCCAGGCAGCACUAUGAGAAGCACCUGGAGGAGAGGAGGAGAAAGCUGGAGGAUCAGAGGAUAAAGGAGGAAAAGAGACGGACUGCCGUGGAGGAGAAACGACGGCUGAAACUAGAGGAGGACAGGGUCCGUCAUGAGGCGGUGAUGCGUCGGACAUUGGAGAAGAGCCAUAGAACCAGACAGAAGCCCAACCGCUGGUCAUGGGGAGGGGCACUGCACACAAACACUCCCAGCACACCAGCCGAUUCUGACAGGCGGUCAGUGUCCACGAUGAAUUUAUCCAAACAUGCAGACCCUGUCAUUACCAAGCGCCUCUCCUCCUCCUCUGCCACACUCCUACACUCACCAGACCGAGGCUUACAGAUGAGAACAGCCUCCUCCCCUGUCAUUAGCAAAGCUCAGUCCAAACCCCACCUACACCAGGGAAAGACCACCCAGCACAAAAACACAGGUCUGCGUCGUCUUCCAUUGACGCCAUGGGAGAGCAACGUGGUGAACCGCCUGCAGCAGCCAACGCACUCCUACCUGGCCCGCAGUCGCAGUGCCAUGAGUCUGUCUGGAGAGCAAACAGUGUCUUGCCACCCCAUGGGCUCCAUGUCCUUCAAGGCCCUGCAGGCCCAGCCGCUACCUCACUGCCGCAGCCAGGAGAGGAGCCUCAGCAGGGAGACGGCCUCGUCCUCCUCCACCACCCCACGCAGGAGGACCACUGGAAACACACAGCGGAAGGAGCGUGACAACGUCAGGAAGUCAUGGAGCAACCUGUCACUCCCACUGGCCCCCAUUCUGACUUUGCCCCCCAGCAAACGCUCCUGUUCUCCAGGCAAGAAGAACAGCAAAGGGACAGCACCCUCUCAUGGCAGGCUUCCACAGAAGACAGCAGGGCGCCCUCCGACCCCCAAGCUAGUUAAGUCCCCGGGGGCAGAAGACCCUGGAAACCUUCGACCUAUCAGAAUCACACCCGAGAGCCCCCAUCCCCCAACACCCACUAGAACCCAAGACGAAGAGGAAGAGCAGGUCCUCAGUCCUCCUCAGCCUCGACCUCAGCCGCUGGGCCAGAACAAAACCUCGAAUGAGCAGACAGCAGCCAGCGAAAGCGUAAGCAGUCCUCUAGCUCACAAGUCUUCAGCCGGCACCACAGAUCCAGAGGAGGCGAGUCGUAUCCUGGCUGAGAAUCGACGGCUGGCCCGAGAGCAGAGGGAGAGAGAAGAAGAGGAGCGCAGGCUGCAGGAAGAGCAAGCGAGGUUAGCAAAGGAGGAGAUGGCACGCCGAAAGGCAGAAGAGCGAGCUAAGAGAGAGGAGGAUGCUCAGCGGCAGGCGGAGGAAAGGAGAAGGAAGGAGGAGGAGGAGAAGAAGGCAGAGGAAGAGAGACUUCAGAAAGAGAGAGAGGAAGCAGAGAGACUCCAGAAACAGAAAGAGGAAGAAGAGUCUCGACAGAGAGAGGAGGCUGAGCGACUGAGGCAGGAGAGAGAGAAACACUUCCAGAAAGAGGAGGCUGAACGCCUGGAAAGGAAAAAGCGCCUGGAGGAGAUCAUGAAGAGAACAAGACGUUCAGACACGGCAGAGAAGAAAGUUGUUCCUAGCAGGAAUGGAGACAAUGCAGCCUCUCCUGCUCCACCUGCAGUGACUGUGUCCCCGACACACAAUAGCAACGGCAACAGUCGGCGACCUGAGGCCAACCCAAACCCAAGCACUGCGGCACUGAGCCAUCCUGACCAGAGGGAGAAUGGGGAGUUUGAGGAGGUGAUCAUACUGCCUUCACAUUCCAGGUUGUCUCCUCCUGAGGGAGAGCAGCAGCAGCAGCAGCAGGAAGAGGAGGAAGAGGAGGUUGAGGAGGAGGAGGAGGAGGAGGAGGAGGAGAAGAGAGUUCCUGCCGUAGCCUUCAGGGAGAACGGUCUCCCAAAGCCUCUGAGUGGAAGAGAGGAUAUAUCAGCCCAGCAGGGACCAGAUGUUGCCUGAUGCCCCGUGAGACCGAGAUGAUUCCACACCCAGAGAGGCGGGAAGAGAGGUGGUCAGAGAGAGGAGGAGAAAGACAGAGCUGUUGGACUGAAUCAAAGGAAGGAUUCAUAGCACCAGAGGUUUACUUUCUCACCCGCCCGUGACAGUAGAGCACCGCGGCCAUUUCCCAAAGAUGGUGUCUCCAAAGAUCUCCCUAAAGCAUCUCCAGAGAGAAGUUUCUUUUCCCUCAACAGACUCUCUGGGGAACAGAUUGUCUCUCUGUCUCUAACCAUGGCUACACUUGGUCAUAAUGUUUGUUCUGUGUACAGCCCCACCUGACCCUGAAUCUGACGAGAAUGUCCUGAAAUCCCCGGAGGGCACUGAGCGCCUGUUUCAUUUUUUGAGUCUUGUGUAAUGUGUGUGUUUGUAUGUGUGUGUGCGAAUGACAGACUAAUAAGUAAUGUGAAGGAGAUCAGUCACGAAACUUGAAGUUUUUUCUGUAGAACAUACUGUAAUCAGAUUGACUGAAUCAGCAAUGAGACGAUAUAACUGGAACUCAGAAUUAUGAGGUUUCUUUAAUGCGUGUGCUCUCUCUAACUGGAACCUCAUAAUUCUCACAUUUCAACAUUUCUAUUGAAAUGUUGCAGAAGAGAUCAUAUGUAGGAAUGAUAUCAGUGCAUGAAGUUGUGUUAAGACUUACAGGAAAGGUUGAUGUAAUGUAAAAUGUUUUUUGCUGUGUCUACGAUGUUUAAAACUAUAGGUUAUUAUUGGGGUGAGGCAGCAGCAGCAUUGGAGUAUCAUGGAGUUUAAGUUAAAUAAUGACAAAAUGAAAAUACUGUUUUCUCAGACAACUGAGAAUUAGGGUGUAAACUACUGAUUUUUAGUUUAGUUUUAUUUAAUUGGUGUACAGGUAAAAUGUGAUUUUUUUGUUUCGUCCUCAUCCUCCUGUCUUCACUUUCAGUUCAUAUGGAGAAAAAAAAAUUUGGUCCUACUCUUUCUUUCACGUUUAUCUUGUCAAAGCUGCUCCUCCAUCCUGUCGCACUGUAGAACUGAGCCAGUGAGCAGUGUCGGAGGACCUCGCUGUAGCUUAGCCUCUUUGUGUUUUAGGUUGACCUUUUGUUCAGGACAAGCGAGUACAAAAUGGAUUGGAAUUUACCAGUUAUGUUAAUUUUGAAAAAAUCUUUCAUUUGAUCUUUUUUGAUUAAGAAUUUAAGAAGAAAUGCUGCUAAUUUAGAUGUUCCUUUGCCUUACCGCAUUGUAGAAAGAAUGAGCUGACUUGUCUGUACGCAAGUCUUGCUGAAAUGAAAAUAUGCAUAUCCAGUAUGAGCUUUGAAAUUCUGGCCACACACUCAAAACUCUCCAGUAGCUUCCUUUUUUAAAUUUACGUUAAAUUGACAUUACCGUGAUACUCACUUCCAUCUUUUUCACACUGCUCCAGUUAUACUGCUUUCUUGGCAUGUGGUUCUCAAACCUUUGCACUUAAUUUCUUCUUUGUUUAAACCUUGCAGUACCAUCAAAAUGGAAGGAAACUUCAGACAGAUGAUCCAUAUCUUAGUUUUGAAGUGCUGGUGUCUGCCAGUAGUACAUAGCAUGAUGUUAUCUACAUGAAAUUGCUUUAACACAAGCAAAAUCUCUUGAAGUAUAUUAUAAAUAGAUAUCCUAUAAAUUAUGUAUAAAAGCUGAUAUAUUUUACUAAGACUGACCACAAUAUUUUGAAAACUAAAGAGCCCUUUACUUCAGAGAAAAAAGGGGCUGUGGGAUAAGAUCUUUCAACCACAGUAAAACUAAAAUCUUUGUACAAAUGUUCCAGCUGAACUGUUUGGCAAGAAAUUAAAACUUUUUUGAAUUGAUUUACCUA